AUGUCCCACAAACGAUUACGCGGUGUAUCGGUCUACCGCCCUCUCAUCUACGGCAACACCGCCGUCCUGCUCGAACCUCACGAACGCGUCGAUACGGACCAUACCCAUCGAUGGACCGUAGCCGUCAGGUCCGCGAAUUCGCCGACUACACCGAGUAAGGAUCCGGCGAGUCAGGUUGGGAAUGGCGAUGAUAUUGGGUAGGUUUCCGAUUCCGGUCGGAUGGCUAGGUGUGGAGGGGAGGAGGGGGGUUACGGGGAGCUGAUUUUCAGUGGGAUCGUAUUGGGGACAGGUACUUUGUUAAAAAAGUCACCUUCAAAUUACACGAGACGUACGCCCAACCUUUACGAAGUAAGUCACCCGACCCGAAAAACUCCCCCCGCCCCCUCCACGCUCCAACCCCCCCCCCACUGAACACCGCCUUCCCCCCCCCCCCCGCCCCUACAGCGCUCGAACGACCCCCCUUUCAAGUGACCGAAACAGGUUGGGGUGAAUUCGACAUCAUCAUCAAAAUCUUCUUCGUCAACGAAGCGGCGGAGAAACCGAUCAGUUUUACGCAUCAUCUCAAGUUGCACCCUUGGCCUAUCGAGCCCUUGUUAUUGAAACAACCUGCUCAAAUCGCCAUCGCCGCACCUACUACCACCACUACGAUGACGACGACGACGACGACGACGACGACGACGGGGGUGGGUGGAGUGACCAAUACACCCGCUACAACGGAAGGAACGGCGGUUUUAUCGCUCGAACAAGUCACGACGGAUUUGAUCGAAGCUUCGGAGCAAAUCAAAGUUGACCCACCGAGCUUGGUGCUUUCGCCCGUUCAUUCUUGGCAAUACGAACAAGUCGUGUUCGUCGAACCGACAGAAGCGUUUUAUUCACUCUUAUUGGCGAACCCUCAAACCGCUUUACCGAAAACGAAUCGACAUCCGAAAUUGUUGGUACAUCAGUUGGGGGGUGGUGGACAUUUUGGGGAGUUUACGUUGGAUAUGGAGAGGGAGGAGGGGGACAGGUUGGACGAGGCGAGGAGAAAGACGAUGGUGGAGAUUGACGCGCUCAGGAAGAGGCUCGUAGGCGGGGAGAAGGAGUUGUUGGGUGAGUAGCCCCGAGUGAACAGACCAUCUGGAAUCUCGAGAGAUUGACGAGUGUGUGUUUGCUUCCUCAGCGAUCAAGCAACAGGUCGAACAACUCUCGGCACCGGGUCUCACCGCAUGA